CUGGGUAGGACAAGAAGGAACAGCAUUCUGUGGCUGGAAUUUCUUGACACUGGAUAAUUAUUCGUAAAUGUGGUAGAGAUCUGCAUAGCAAAAUGAAUCUGUUCUGUUUUUCACUGGAGGGCUCCAUGGACAGCUUAUAUGAACCCGUUAAAGAAAAUCAAGAGCCACGGGAAGCUAUUUGUAUGACCAGCCGGGCUAACACCCCAGUAAACGUCCCAAUGAAGUUUGGACCUCCAGAGAGAUCUCAGUCUUUGGAAUUUUCUGAUAUUGAAGUGACAUCGAUGAAAAAAAGAAAGUCCAUCCAGAAGUCCAUGUCAGAGAACGAAGCAUUGGAUAGAAAAAAUGUGAAUGGCACAGUCGGGCAGCUUCCCAAGAAGCAAGAGAAUGAUUUGUACUUCAGAAGGCACUGUCAGUCUGAAGAAAUGAAUGAAGAUUUUAUUAUUGGUGAACGGUUGCAUUUACUGCAAGGAACAAGGAUAGAAGAAACAACAUGUCAGGUAAUGACAUUGGAACAGUGGAUUCCACCUCAGAAUCAUGAGACAUCUAGUGAUAUGGUUGCAGAUGCAGAUGACAACAAAGCUGAAAUUAUGGGAACCUUAAAACGGUUGCAGAAAUUAGUCCGAACCAAGAAAGCCAGUGUACAUAGUUUGGAUGACAUCAAGCAUGUCUUGGCUCCUCUCAAUCCGCCACCACAGCAUGCCUGCCUCUCUGAAGAGGAGGAUGAAGUUCUGACAUCCUGUAUGAAACUGACAAAACCACAGGACAAGAAAGUCUUGAAGGAGAGCACAAGACGAAAGGAAGAAAGCGAAACUCGAGCAGACCUCACCUCUGCUUCCUUAUGCAGAUCUUAUACUUCAAGACUGAGCAACGUGGGCAAUGUUUCCAUCCGUUCAGAAACUGAAUUUCAACUCUGGAGUGACUGGAAGCCCUUCCCCGACAAUCAGUUAUGCCCUUGCGAUUUUCUGAUUACCAGAAUAGAGGAGUGGGAAAAAUGUACUUGUUGCUCUCACCAGCCCCGUCUUUCUUGUUCUCUUACCAAUGUGGAUCUGCCGUUGUCAUGGCGAGCAAGCAGCUUUGGAAAAUUUGACCAUAGCAGACAUCCGUCAUCAUCAAAACCAGAUGAUUCAUCUGAGAUUUGUGAAGCAGAGGCUGUCAGUGAUGGGGGAGAACAAGGACAAAAUAAAAUCACAAAUAAUGGAGGAAGCCUUGGAAAGAAAAUGCGGGCAAUUUCCAUGACCAUGAAGAAAAAGAUGGGGAAAAAGUACAUUAAGGCACUUUCAGAGGACAUGAAUGAGGAAGGAAAAGAAGAUUCCAGCUCUAAUAGAGACAGUGACCCUGGAGGAGGAUCAAACACUGAGAAAGCUUCUCUGAAAACCAGUGACUCCAUGGACAGUCUCUAUAGUCUUAAUAGCGGUCAGAGCUCGUCAAGUGGAGUAACAAGCUGCUCAGAUGGGAUCAGCAACAGGGACAGCCUGAGGCUUGAUGACGAAGUCCCUUACACAGGACCGUUCUGCGGCAGAGCCAAAGUGCACACAGACUUCACCCCAAGUCCUUAUGACACAGACUCUCUCAAAAUCAAGAAAGGAGACAUUAUUGACAUCAUCUGCAAAACUCCUAUGGGCAUGUGGACAGGGCUCCUGAAUAACAAGGUGGGAAACUUCAAAUUCAUUUAUGUGGAUCUUAUUGCAGAAGAAGAAUCUGCAUCCAGAAAGAUAAAGCCACACAAGAGAAGUAAAAGGGCCAAGCCGAAAUCUCUUCAGGAACUUUUGGAACGAAUCCAUCUCCAGGACUACAUAUCAACUCUAUUGCUAAAUGGCUAUGAGAAACUGGAAGAUUUAAAAGAUCUAAAAGAGAGCCAUUUGAUUGAACUUAAUAUUGAAAAACCAGAAGACAGAAUGAGAUUGCUGUCUGCUAUUGAAAGCCUACAGGACCAUGAAAAUGAACAAGACCAAGACUCUGAGCAAGUACCACAGACCUUAAGCCCUGACCUUGGCUUUAACAAGUCACAGUUAAGUGACUGUCCAAGAGACUCUGGUUGUUACACUUCAUCAGAAAAUUCAGAUAACAGCAAAGAUGACCCAGAUACUGAGAACCUCUCUGCCCUGGUGCAUGCAAUCACCAUCACCGAGUCAAACUAAAUGGGUUCACAUUUCUUGCAGAAUUAUUCACAUUGAGUUUGCAGAUUCAGAAAACACCCUGAACUUACCAGUUAGCAUGAAAUGAAAUA